CAGUCAGCCAAUCAGUCGUGGUUCUCGGCUGCGACCCUACCACGACCAGCUCACCGUCUUGCCGGGAGUCCCAAGUCUACGGUUUCGGGUCACGCCCGUGCGACCUGCCAAUACUUAAUCGUGGUUCCCGCUUUGUCUGCUCUAUUUGGCACUGCACCCACCCACUCGGUUCGAUCAACAACAUUAUCCCUCCUCUACGCCCACCUCCACCCCUGCUCUUAGUCACCCAACGACCGCUUUAUAUCACUCGUAUCGGUUUUCUCGAACCCGCCUGUUUCCACUUCGCCUCUCUUCCGUCCAAAACUAGGAAUAACAUGAAUAAACCGGUCUGCAUUGAGGCGUGGCGCAGGGUUUGAAUCUUAUACUACAAGGACAACUACAGCAUUUGAUCGGUUUUACUCACUUGUAUCAUCAUAACGGUCAACAACUCGGUCCUACCUUGAGUGUGCGCCUUGCGAAAUGUCGACACAACAAGGCUCCGGCCCCUCCGGCGAAGACAAGCACGAAGGUUUCUCGAAAUAUGUCAAACGCAUGCGGAUGGCAAUGAGGAGGAGUUCUGCCGUGAAAUCAUCUCCAGCACCAGCUACACAGGAGGCCACUGGAGCACCCGCACCCAGUCAAAACACCACCCUCCCAGCUACUUCGCGGACACCUACUGCCAGUGCGACCGUGAUGUCCAACUGGGGAGCUAUCCAGGAACAGAAAGCGCGCGCGCUAGCUGCAAAGUACGGAUUGGCACUCGAACCUGGAGAAUGGAAAUCGUCCAGCGAUAUCACCGUGCAGCGCGUGGUCAGACCAAUCCGCAUGCGAGUCCGCCGCACCUGUCACCGUUGCCAAACCACGUUCGGACCCGACAAAGUUUGCGCCAGUUGUCAGCAUGUUCGCUGCACGAGCUGUCCGCGUCACCCUGCUACGAAGCCCAGUGACACCCAGGCACAGACGGAAGUUGCGCUCCAAACCCUCCUAUCGCGAAAAUUGCGCGAGGCUGCCCCGCCGCCGCCGCGACCCAAAGAACCUCGCUUGACCUUACCCUCACGUACCGGUGGUCAGAAUGUGGUCCACAGGCCACCCCGCCAAAGGAUCCGACGAACCUGCCAUCGCUGCAGCACCGUUUUCGCCGCAAAUGCCGUCGAAUGCAGUACCUGCCAGCACAUCCGCUGCACCCAAUGCCCUCGUGAGCCCGAGAAACUCGACAAAUACCCGAAUGGCUAUCCUGGAGAUGCCGAUCCACCCCCUGAGAUGCCGGCACGAACAUGGAAGAAGCCCAGACAACGGGUGCGAUAUUUCUGUCAUCGCUGCUCCAAUGUCUAUCAGUCCAGAGAAACCGUUUGCUCUCAUUGUGGGCAGGAGAAAUGUGACGAGACCAUAAGAGAACCGUAUGUUAUGACAGUUUUCUUGUCUUUGUGGACACAUUAAUUGAUUCCUGCAGGAAACGCAAAGAAAAGCCGAAGCCCGACCCCGAAAUAGCGAAACGAGUCGAAGAACGAUUGGCGCGGGUGAAGAUUAUGAGCACGGUAUGAGUGAGCCGUCGAACCGGGUCAUGGUCAGUUCAUCUCACCAUGACCCGC